GCUCUGCCUCAACAUCAUCGUUGUAAUUACUCUUGCGUUCAACCAUAAUCAGUCUUAACAAGUGUUCAAGUUUGAAAAAAGUGAGCAUGAUAUAUAAAUAUAUCUUUGUUCUGCCAAUUAUGGAACUCGGUGUUUUAGUCAAUAAGGUAUUGAUAUACAAAAUCUACACCGAAAUCGGACAAUGGACACCAUUGUGAAAGUGCGUUCGAAUGAAUUUGAAGAAUAUUUGAAGAAAAAAGUAACCCAAUCUGUGUAAUCUUCUGAGAAAAAAAAUAUUUUGAUGCAUAGAAGAUACCAAUUAGCGCUAGUGUAUAAGAACGUUCGAGUGAAGCAGAACUUUCAGAAGGCGACUUAAAAUAAAAUAAAUUACCGGUUAUUUCUUGGUAAAAUUUAAAAUAAAAUAAUAUAUAGUAUAAUGAAAGACAACAAUUUACGCAAAUUCAUAAUAAUUAAGCGAAAGUAAGGAUGAAACCGUUUCUAGACUGGAUGAAUGGCAGAGGGACAGUGACUGUGAGGUGGUGAGUGUAGACUGGUGGUCGUUGAUCACUGACCAGAGACUUAAACAGGCGACGAUGAACACCAUUGACGACUCCAUGAUACCUGCUGUGAAGCGCUACACGGGGGCCAUUGUCUACAGGACCUCUCGUAGACCUCCGAUAGUUGCAUCCGGGAGUGUUGGUUUGGUCAAGGGUGACCUAAAUAAGAUGGAUGGCGUUUCGCCCAAUGAACACAUGAACGGAUCUUCAGGAGCAUCACAGGGUGGGUCAUCAGGGCGGUCCUCACCUUCAGAUCCUGCCCCAAACAAGAUGUUCGUGGGUGGCCUCUCUUGGCAAACAACCCCAGAGAAAUUGCGGGAAUACUUUGGCUCUUAUGGGACAGUGAGAGAUGUUCUCAUCAUGAAAGAUCCCGUUACACAGAGGAGCCGAGGUUUUGGGUUCAUUACAUUUGGAGAUGCCAGCAGUGUUGAAAAGGUCAUUGCUGUGCCCAAUCAUGUUCUUGAUGGUAAGAAGAUUGACCCUAAACACGCCACACCUAAGAAUAAGGGACGCACCAACCGCACUAAGAAAAUAUUUGUAGGUGGUGUGAGUCAAGAGACCAGUGCAGAUGAGGUUAAAGCUUACUUUCUUCCUUUUGGCAAGGUUGAAGAAGCAGUGAUGCUGAUGGACAACCAGACCAAGCGGCAUCGUGGAUUUGGGUUUGUCACUUUUGAAUGUGAAGAUGUAGUAGAACGUGUGUGUGACAUUCACUUCCACACCAUCAAGAACAAGAAAGUUGAAUGCAAGAAAGCCCAGCCGGAGGCAGUACAAGCAGCCUCUCUGCUAUCAAAGAGGCUGAUAGUGAGCCAGACUGGUCUUGCCAACCCUAUAAUGACUGCCCAGUCAGCUCACAUUCAAGCUGCUGCAGCUGCUGCAGCUGCAGCCCAGGCAGCUGCACUAAGUGGCUACGGUAAACUAGUGGGUGGGGGCGCAUAUCCUCCCUUGUCAGCCUACCGCUAUAACUCCCCUACCUUCAGCAGCUCCCCCUACAGCAGGUCUCCCUGCAGGAACCAUCUUUCUGCAGUCUCUGGUGCUCCCACCAUGGCCAAUCAGGCUGCUGCUUCUCCACCUGCCACACCCACCCUCCCUACUCUUACCACACAUGCAGGUCUCACUACCCCAUACCAGGGCUAUUCUCUCACCAACGUGGAUAUGAGCUCUUUCCAGGGGGUAGACUGGAGUGCCAUGUACGGUGUGGGCAUGUAUGCUUAGUUGUGCACACGCAGUUUCUCUCAGGUCCAUCAGACAGCUGACCAUGACUCAUAGUUAAACUUUCUCCACCCACCGUCCUAAGUUCAGUUAUGUCUUCCUCCCCUGUUCUAUUAAUUCACUGAUCCUCACGUUCCUUCCCCAUGCCUGACUUACACUUUGAGUCCAGCCCACCCAUCAUGCCGCUGUGAGCCUCCUUGCACCAGAUAUUCUCAGCCUCAGGGAAUUGUGCAUAAUUUUAAGUUGUUCUCUCAGCACCCUUUGUCAUAUGGCUCAUCUUUCUCUAUCCAGAUUAUUCUUUCAUUCCUCAUAUUCUCGUCUUAUCCGUUCCCCAGAAUCAUAAAUAUUUGUUUUGUG